AUGUCGACGACUGUGGACAAGAUCAAGGAGAUCGAGGCCGAGAUGGCCAAGACUCAAAAGAACAAGGCGACGUCGUAUCACUUGGGUCAGCUCAAGGCCAAGCUGGCCAAGCUGAAACGCGAGCUGCUCACCCCCAGCAGCAGCGGCGGUGGCGGCGGUGCCGGUUUCGACGUGGCCAGGACGGGCGUGGCCAGUAUUGGCUUCAUUGGCUUCCCGUCCGUGGGCAAGAGUACUUUGAUGAGCAGAUUGACGGGCCAGCACUCGGAGGCUGCGGCGUACGAGUUCACGACGCUGACGUCGGUGCCCGGCCAGGUCAUGUACAAUGGUGCCCCCUUGCAGAUUAUUGAUCUUCCCGGAAUCAUCGAGGGAGCCAAGGACGGUCGAGGAAGAGGUCGCCAGGUCAUCGCCGUCGCCAAGACGUGCCAUCUGAUUUUCAUUGUGCUCGACGUCAACAAGCCCUUGACGGACAAGCGAGUCAUUGAGGCCGAACUCGAGGGCUUCGGCAUCCGAAUCAACAAGCAGCCGCCCAACAUCACCUUCAGGAAGAAGGACAAGGGUGGCUUGAACAUCACCAGCACCCAGCCCCUGACGCACAUCGACCACGACGAGAUCAAGGCGGUUAUGAGCGAGUACCGCAUCAACUCGGCCGACAUUACCAUUCGAUGCGAUGCCACCAUUGACGAUCUCAUUGAUGUUAUCGAGGCAAAAAGCCGAAGUUACAUUCCGGUCGUCUACUGUCUCAACAAGAUCGACUCCAUCAGCAUUGAGGAGCUGGACCUGCUCUACCGAAUCCCCAACUCAGUCCCCAUCAGCUCAGAGCAUGGGUGGAACAUUGACGAGCUCAUGGAGGCCAUGUGGGAGAAGCUGAGCCUGAAACGAGUGUAUACAAAGCCCAAAGGCAGAGCGCCCGACUACUCAGCCCCCGUUGUACUCAAGGCGACGAGAUGCACUGUGGAAGAUUUCUGUAACGCUAUUCACCGCAGCAUUGUGGAACAAUUCAAGUCAGCCAUUGUUUAUGGCAAGUCGGUGAAGCAUCAGCCGCAGAGGGUUGGUUUGGCACACGAGCUGGAAGAUGAAGAUGUUGUGACCAUUAUCAAGCGAUGA